AUGUCUGUUCCCAUUAAACUAUCGGUAAAGUUGAUAGAAGGAGAUGGUUCUUGGAGGGAUCUUCGAUAUGUGUAUUUUUCUCCUGCAGCUUUAAAACGACUGGGAUUCGUUCAGAAACAGCUCGUUUCUGUAAAACAUUAUGAUGGUUCGUCAAUUGGUAUUGUCCAAGUCCCACGAGGAGUCAAUUUGGGUCCCUUUGAAGUAGGGAUCAGCUCGCAGUUCGCGGAAUGGGCAAAUGUAAAAGUUGGUCAGCGAGUAAACGCCGUUAAAUACGCUCAUCCAUUGAAGGAUGUAGAAAGUUUAAAGAUAACCUGUGGUCCAAAUUCAGAAGGAACCCCUUUUUCGGAAUCUGAGAUCAAGAAGACCCUACUGGAAAUGCGUUAUGUGCAUCUGGGCAUGCUUUAUUCAGCACAAAGCUCAAACACAACAAAAUCAUUAAUACCUGGUUCAGUCCCUCCAUCAAUCAGUAACCAUUUACAACAUGAUGGUGAUAGUUUCCCACCGGGCUGCAUUAAAGUUGAUGAAAUUCACGUCCGUUCUCCCAGCAACCUGUUGGAAGCAAUAUCUGAUCUUUCUUUGGAGGAACCUCGUCUUUAUCGGUUUACUGCAUCUUCCGAGAUGGAUGUCGAAGGUGCUUUUCAAUCUGAAAUGUUUCAAUCACAAACUUCACUUUCCUCAUCUGUGGUCGAAAUAUCUCAGAAUCAGCAGGAGACUUCAUCUCCACCUGUAACAUUCUCCUCUAUUGGAGGUUUAGAUCAUCAGAUACAACAAGUUCGAGAUGUCAUCGAACUUCCUUUUCAAAGUCCCGAAUUAUUUGAAUAUUUUCACAUUUCUCCUCCUCGAGGUAUUCUACUUUAUGGACCUCCUGGAACUGGUAAAACCAUGAUUUUACGGGCAAUAGCAGCUGAAACAAAUGCGCGUGUGUUCCGGAUUGAUGGUCCAUCUGUGGUUGGCAAAUACAUGGGUGAAACAGAAGCUAGACUCAAAAAGAUUUUUGAUGAUGCUCGCUCCCAGCAGCCAUCUAUUAUAUUUAUUGAUGAGGUUGAUGCAAUUGCGCCUAAGCGAACUGCUGAUAUUAGCGAAGCAGAAAGCAGAGCUGUUGCAAGUUUACUAACUUUGCUUGAUGGCAUGUCAAGUGCUGGUAAGGUGGCCGUAUUUGCGGCCACGAAUCGUCCAAACUUUAUAGAUGAAGCUCUUCGACGACCAGGACGGCUGGAGAAAGAGAUUGAGGUUGGAAUACCAGAUAAGAAUGCUCGUUUGGACAUAUUAAAGCUUCUUUUUGAAAAUGUUCCAAAUACACUUAGCCCUGAAGAAAUGGAAGAUUUGGCUGGUCGCACUCAUGCCUAUGUGGGUGCUGAUUUAACCGCUGUUGUUCGCGAGGCUGCUUUACGCGCAAUCAAGAGAGCUUUAAGAAUACGAAAUGAGGCCGGUGACGCUACUACGAAGGAAACCCCGGGGGCUGUAGAGCUAGAUGAUGUAGAACUAGCGUUGACCUCGGUGCGACAAAGUGCGAUGCGGGAAUUUAUCAUCGAGUCACCCAAUGUGAAGUGGUCACAAAUAGGAGGCCAGGAAGAUGUCAAGCAAAAAUUAAAAGAAUCAGUCGAAUGGCCUUUGACGCACCCAGAAACUUUUUCUAGGUUAGGCGUGCGUCCCCCUAAGGGAAUCUUGCUGUACGGUCCACCUGGAUGUUCGAAGACGUUAACUGCGAAGGCGAUAGCGACUGAAACGGGAUUGAACUUUAUUUCUGUCAAGGGCCCUGAGUUGUUUAACAAAUACAUCGGUGAAAGUGAGCGAGCUGUUCGUCAGCUUUUCCAAAAAGCUCGGCAAGCGAGUCCAUCUGUCAUCUUUUUUGACGAAAUUGACGCCCUGACCGGCAGCAGAGGUGGGGAUCACAGUGGAGAUCGAGUUGUUACGGCAUUACUAAAUGAGAUGGAUGGUAUAGAGGCGUUGAAGAAUGUACUUGUUCUUGCAGCAACGAAUCGACCGGACGUGAUUGAUCCGGCUUUGAUGAGACCUGGAAGAUUGGAUCGACUAUUUUAUGUUGGGCCACCAAAUUUUGAAGCACGUCGACAGAUUCUUCUGAUUCAAACCAGACAGAUGAAGUUUACUGAAGGCAUCGACUUGGAGGAUAUCGCGCUACGCACGGAGGGUUGUUCAGGAGCAGAAAUAGUUGCUCUGUGCCAAGAUGCUGGGUUAGUUGCUAUGCACGAGAAUGUUGAAGCAACGGAAAUUACACAAGCACAUUUUGAAAAAGCGUUGCUUGCACUCAGAAAGGGAAUUAACCAAGGCAUGUUGGACUUUUACAAUCAAUUUGCUGAAGGUGUUUCCACUAAGGUAUCGAGUGGUUAA